AUGGAAGAAGGCGAAGACCACGACGCCCUGCUGUUUUUCCAGACCAUGGACGCCCAGCAGGCUGAUGACACGCCAACUGACGAGAGCCCCGUGGCGUCCACGUCGACGGCGGCGUCGGGGGCGCCUCGGUCCGACUGGCUGUCGACCGUUUUCAAGGACCCCAGGGCACUGAUUACGCCUUCACUAGAAAUGCUUUCCUGGUCACAGGCUUCGGAUACUAAACUGGAUCGCAUUGAACGAUUGAUCAUGUCUAGAAUGAGCCGGCAACACACUGCCCAACACAUCCCGAUUCACACGUCUUCUCGACGUCCAGAUCCUUUCACCAGGGAACUCUUGCUUGAU